AAGUACUUCACCAGUCAUUUGUCAUGGGGCUUUUUAUUGAUGUGGUCGCCGGAUUUCUGGCGUCUCUCGUUGUUAUCAACGCGGUACCUGUGACACAUUUUCCUCGUGGAAAAACAGUGGUUUAUAAGUACGAUGUCGACGUGAAGGCAGGCACUAUCGAAUCGGUACCAUAUGCGUCACAAUUCGCAUUAAAUGGAUAUUUAUACGUGAAGCAAGAUGUCAGUGAUCCGGCGCUGAAGAAUGCUUAUUACUUUACACUUGCCGAUUUGAAAUAUAGCCUUCACAAUGGUGAAGCUAACCAUUACGAUAAAAUCAAACCAAUUCAUCCGCUAUCCGACAGCGUACGAAUACUUCAAGACCCUUUCGUAGUCGCAUUCGAUGAUCAUGGCAAGAUUCAAGGAAUUAAACUUGGCGAGACCGAAACUGGCUGGUCCAGGAAUCUUAAGCAGGCAUUGGCAUCCAUGAUGCAAAUUGAUCUGCAUCGUUCGAUGGUUGAAAAGAAGCCUACCGUUGCUCACGGCUUUAUUAAUCAAGAGGAUACAAUACAUGGAAGUUGCAAUGUUGCUUAUGAUGUACAUCCGAAGUAUGACGUCACUUCCGAAACGGAUGUAAACGUAUUUAUCUUGACCAAGACGUACGAAUUAGAAAAUUGUACCAGUUUUGUUAACCGAGUAUUUAACCACGUGGAUGUUCAGCCUUGUCACUUGGAGCAUGAGAAUCCUUUAACAACCGCUGCUAGACGAGUUUUUGAGAUUGAAAAUUUGGAAAAUGAAAUUCUCAUUCGAAAACUUAUUGGACACAGUGUUAUUGAUUAUUUCCCUUGGCAAGCGAAUUCCGAAGCUCAUUAUUUACUCACUAAUCAAUCUUUGAUUCUGGAAAAUGUCCUGCCCGUCGCGCAGGUUCAACUUCCGGUUGUUAAUUUCGAAAAUAUUACAAUGAUUUCAAAUAUCAGUUAUGUGAAGCCACAAAAAAAUUAUGCUCUCCAUGCUGCAGAAGAUAUCACACAUGGUCGUCACAUAGUGAAGCUUGACGUUUUGAUGCCGAAAUUAAAGAAGAUGCUGGGCGAGGCUGCUGAUUAUCUCGAGGAAAAUCAUAUAGUGAUGGAAGAUCCUGAUUUCAAACAUGGGCAAACCAUCAACAGGCUUUUAAGUACAAUGAGCUAUAUGGAUCUUGGAUCAUUUGAACAAGUCUACAAUGUCAUUAAAGACAGUACCACAUCGAGGGACAUGACAAUUUUAAAUAUUUUUCUUAAUAUGAUUCCACACGUUGGUACCACAGCAUCCAGUCACUUUAUAAGAAACGUAAUCCGCGAUCACCAGAUAUCAGACAUGAAUGCCAUUUUAAUGCUCCAUACAUUGCCGAUGUAUAUACGCGUGCCUACGGAGCAACUCCUCAUAGAAAUGGAAGAUCUUAUUAAAUUUGGAGAAGAUGUCUCUCUGCAUGUACGAAAAGCGAGCAUUUUGUGUUUUGCAUCAUUGAUCUACAAAACGUUCCAGCAUCAUUAUCAUCAUCAACAUCAUCAUCAUCAUUACCCACAUCAUGAGGUACCAGCCAAUGUCAGCCUUCUUUUGAACAGAUAUUUUCAACACUUCAUUGGUCAUGUCAAAGGAAAUCCAAGCUAUGAGAUGAAGAUGGUUUAUUUAUUGGCCAUCGGGAACAUCCAGAUCGGUGACAUUCACCAGGUUCUCUCUCCCAUAAUAACUGGAGAAAUUUCUAUCUCUGAUAAACCCAAUCACAUUAGACUCUUGGCAAUGAUGGCCGCCUGGAAAUCCGUAGGUCAUGACAUUGAAUUCGCUCAUGACCUGUAUUGGCCAAUAAUGGCGAACGUAAAAUUGCCUCUAGAAAUUCGUAUUGCUGCAUAUAACGUACUGGUACAUCAAUUACCACAUAUGGGCAGAUUAUUGAAUCUCCAUUGGUUCAUGGUGUAUGAAAAGAACGAACACUUAUACAAUUAUCAUUACACAACAAUGAUAAGUAUGGCAAACUCGGUGGACCCUUGCCUACUGCCAGUUCGUGAAAUGGCAAGAAAAAUCCUUCGAUUUACAAAAAAAAGAAACGUAUCUACAUCCUUAUCGUCUAAUUACCUUAUCGAUUACUACGAUUCUGUAUACGGUUUUGGGGAGUCGCUCAAUGUGAUGACAAAGGUGGAUGAGCUUACUGGAAUACCCCAUAUUGGAUAUAUGGAGUAUCGUACGUCCAUGAUGAGAAAGCCUGUCAAUCGUCUUGGUCUAUAUUGGAAUGUGCACGGAUUAGAUCAUAUAAUUCGCACUUUAAUGAUGGAAAAUGUCUCCUUAAAGCAUAUUCUAACCAAUGAAAAUGUACUUCAGCUUCUAAUAAAAGCUGCUCAAGAUAUGCCACCGUUACAAAAUAUACACAUAGAACUGUGUGUACUGGCCUACGACCGAAUAGUCGCCUGUAAUUAUUAUGAUGAAAAUACAAUCAAUAAUGUGGAAAGUAUCACUAAUCUUCAGGAACUCUUUAAAUGGUUCCAAGUUACUGAGAAUAUAAACAUGCAGCAGAUUGUAUAUGAUACACUGUACGAGAUGCAGGUUCCAACUGAUAUUGGAUUACCAGCUGUAUUAGGAACACGGAUUCCUAAUUUGAUGUCAAUCAGAUGGCAUGUAGAUACGCAAGUCAAUUUUAAGAUCGAAGGAAUUAUCCAAACGUGGCGACAUGGAGUACACUCGAUGUCGAUUUACAAUCCAAUAGUUGACGUUUGGCACACCGUACAAAGAGUUUAUUCUCAUGAUGUUGCAAUACCAAUUGAUAUGGAAAUUGAAUUAAAUUUAGAAACGUACAGUCUAAAGGUCCUGCUACCAAGACUUCCGGCGACAAAAUAUUCGAUUUCUGGUAUGCUCAUACACGCUAAGAAUUACGUGUCUGUCGUUGAAGAUGAGAACGACGUUCUCAAGACAAGCUGUCCUACUUGUCAUCAUCAUGAAAUCGUCACUAGGGGUACUGCACAUAAGAGAUACUAUCAGUACAAUACUGAUACCAAGGAACUUGGUCUCCAGUUUACUGCAUCCGUUUUCGAUUGUGAGACUGGCGUACCGCUGUCUGAUCGUAUACAUAAUGCGUUGCGACGAAUUAAUCAAGAAAUUAAUAGUUGGAAUAACGGAUUGAUCAAUGCAUUUAUGGUGAUUCGUCGACAGCUGUACAAAGAACUUAUUUCACCGGAAGUGGGAACUUGUGGUAUUAUAUUAAAGUCUGAACCGAGCAUCGUGCAUCCAACGUCUCACAUUGGUAUAAGCCUAAGGGCUAACGUUGAAGAAUAUGAUCUCACUAAAAGACCUUUGCGCACUCUUAGUGGCAAACAUAUCAACAUUCAUGGUACCUAUGACGUCAAAGCGGCUGCUACCAACACGUCAGUUAUUAAGUGGGAUAUGAAUGUUAACAUUGAUAUGUCACCAGGACAUACGGAUAACAGUAUGAAAGUACAGUUGACUAAAAAAAUACCAGGAGAGAAGGAUCUUGUGAUUUGCCUGGACGCUCACAAGAUUUAUUUACCAAUUAACGUUGAUAUUUUAAAACUUGGUACUAUCAAAGAUGAAACCAAUGGUAAGCUUACGUUCUCCAUGGGUACCACUGAGAAUGGAACUUGCGUGCGCGAUGAUACUUUGAUAGUCGUUACCAUGAAAGGUGAAUUGUCAGAUGAACAGAAGAAACAAUUUCUUCAUGAUACUGUACAUGGCAAAUGUACGGAAGAUAAACAGAAAUCAGCUUAUCAGAAGAAAUUAAAUCUGGUUCCAACAACUGUUGAUUGUAUUCACGAGGCGAUUCUUUACACGACUUUGAGGAAGUACACGAUUAAUAUAACAUAUAAGAAGGUGCCGCAAAGCAUGCAUGUAGUGGCUAAUACGAUUGAGCAUGCCUUAAAUAGUUACUGGCUCUCUAAUACGAGAUAUACUUCGACUCAUAUUGAAUCAGGAAACGUGAAGAUAACUGCCGUUUUUCCGAUGCACAGCAACGAAGUUGACGUUUCUGUGAUAACUCCGACUCAUAGCUACGAAAAUAAUCUGUCAGGAUGGGGUGAUCGUCUUUGGACUAUUGGAAUGGACAAUACUCGAUUUUCGAAUAUUUUACUGCUUGAUUACGUAAAGGGGGUUAUCAAACUUUGUUCCGUGCAUCCUGAAAUUCUUAUAACCGCUGAUAAUGGCACUUUCCCCUACCUUGUCCCUGAAGAGUGGGUCUUGGUUUCGGGCAAUUACGUGCUAAAGACCUACGCCAUUUUUGUGAAGGCUGUUGAAGGUAAAAAAUUGGCGCUUAAGAUGAUCGUUGCUGAUCACGAGCUCGAAAUUCAUCCUGGUAGCCCAAAGAUGGUCGUUCAAGUUGAUGGAAAUAUUGUUGAGAAUUACGAGGAUGGAAUUCUUGUACCUGCAGAUGCACCAACUUCGUACGCCAUGAGAAUCAACUGGGAGAACAAUCGUCUUAUUAUUAAGAGCUUACAAGAUAUGACUGUUGAUUAUGCUGUAAAUAGUGUGUCUUUGUUGUUGCCAAAUGUGCUACAGGGACAGAUAACAGGUCUCUGUGGUCACCUGGAUAACACUCACAAAGAAAAACUGCCAAAGACUUAUGAAUUACAUAAUGUUUAACAAAAAAAGGUGAAUCUUCUUGUAGCGUUUAAUCGGGUCAACCUCGAGAAGUCGAUUGUUCGUUUGUAAAAUUUAUAUGUGAUUUAUAUAUGAAUGAUAUGUAUAAGUGUCAAUAUCACUUAACCAGCAAUCGAUAUGUGUCCCAGACGUUUGACUAUCUGCAUUUCAUAAUUAUUUGACACGUUUGGGAGACAUACACGACCCGUUGACUUUUGGUUUAAAUAUAAUUUAUCGCUAGACACUUCAAGUCCGUGCAAACGCUAAUCAAAUGCCAGGUUAAGUGAUUAAAAAAAAACGUGCUUUCCUUUGGUAUUGUUUCGCAUGUUUAUUCACUUGAAUAAAUGUUCUGUAACUUACAUUAGCUCUAUAUAUUAAACGAUGUUAUUAUUAUA